AUGUACAAACCUCCUUGCGCCUUUGCAUGCCGCGAUGCAAUCUCUGGCGCAACUUUGAACUGCUCGACUACCGGUUCAGACGACAUGGGCGGCAUGUCUGGAAUGUCGAUGAGCGGCAUGGUGAUGACAGACCCGAGCUGCUACGCUACCGACGACGCAUUUCUGCAGACACUUGCUUGGUGUGUCUCGAUUCGUUGCAAAAACAUGCCCACUUGGAAGCUCGAGAAGUUCUGGCAAGAGAACGUGGCCGGCACAGAAGCCGUUCAGCCGGACCCGAAGGAGACAUACCAACAGGCGCUGGAGAAGAUCAGCGGUACUCCAACUGCUUUAUACAACGCCACUGGGUCUCUGAAUCAAACGAGCCUGGUAUCCGAAGACCUUUGGUUUGCGGCUUACAAUACCGAUACGAUCUUUGAAAAUCAAGAAAGCCAACAGGAAGGAUUUGGUCUGAUAAUACUCCUCUCAGGCGUUGUCAUCCCCAUCGCCGUCUCGCUCCUACGCUUUGUCCCCUUUCCGACAGCUUGGCGCACCAAGUUCAACGCGUUGAUCAUCGACCCACCUCUAUUUGGCCACCGUCAUGACACACCCGUCUUCUUUGGACUUGCUCUCAUGCCAAAGCGUGGACAAGCUCUCUUCAUAUUAUACUUCAUAGUCAUUAACACCGUACUAUCAGCAGUCAACUAUCAGUACGCCGACCCCAACACUUGGUAUCCUGGCGACGGCUGGCGUUGGAUGUGUAUGUUAAUAUCCAACCGUCUUGGACUGCUAAGUUUCGCCAACCUGCCGCUGGCAUUUCUGUACGCCGGUCGAAACAAUCUCCUGCUUUGGGUUACAGACUGGUCCCACUCGACGUUUCUCUUGGUGCACCGAUGGAUAGCAGCCAUAGCAACCCUGCAGGCUAUCCUACAUAGCAUCAUCUACCUGGAUGUUUAUAUCAAGAAUGGCACCCACGCGACCGAGUGCCUAGAACCAUACUGGUACUGGGGUAUCAUUGCGACGUUGGGUCUGGUCGUCAUGUUUCCGUCUUCGGUCAUACCCAUCCGCAGGAAGAUCUAUGAGGCGUUCCUCGCAUGGCAUAUUGCCGUGGCUAUUCUGAUCAUCGCUGGCUGUUACUGGCACAUUGUCUUCGAGUUCAAACACCAAUGGGGUUACGAGAUAUGGAUUAUCGUGUGCAUGGCGAUCUGGGCUUUCGACCGCGUGUUUCGAGUCCUGAGACUCCUACGCCACGGCGUCAAGACAGCUGAUAUCACGGCGGUCGACUCAGAGUAUAUUCGCGUUACCGUCCCAGGUGUUUCCGCAUCUGGCGUUGCAUACCUGUACUUCCCAACUCUCACCUGGCGCAUAUGGGAGAACCACCCUUUCUCAAUUGCCUCCGGCAUCUUUUGUUUUCAACUCGCUCCCGAAUUGAAGUCGCCCAGCAAAUUGACGGCGACAUCGAAAAGAUCUCCAACAGCAGCGAUCGGGCUGCUGAUAAGAAGUCUGCAGUCAGCCACCGUCCCGUCAGCUCAUCCCAGACAUCUGACAAGCCACCCGAGAUGGGGAUCACAUUCUACAUUCGGACCCAUACAGGUUUAUCCUCACGUUUAA